AUGACAAAAAAAGAUGGAGGUGAAUACAAAGCUAAAACUGUUAAACAGGCUAUCGAUAGAAUAAAUAGAUAUAUUAGCAAAACUGGUACAAUUUGUAGUCUUAAUUUACAUGACAAGUAUCAAUUUCUGGAUUUAUAUAAUAUUUUAAAUGGUAAAAUAAAAGAUUUACAGGAAAGAGAAUUUGGUGAAAAGGAAGGAUCUAUGGCUUUAAUAGCGCAGCAAGUUAAAGAGAUUCUUAGUGAUGAGUUUUUAGAUCCUAAAACACCACAAGGCUUAUU